CAACUUUGUUUGAUUUCUUCUUCUCUUCUUUUUUAUUCUCUUAGCAUUAAACAAAUAAAAUGACGGUCAAUUUCAUUUAAAACCUUGCAUUUUAUUCAAAGGUUACACCCGAUUUAGUAUUGACAUUAUAUUAUAUAUAUUAGCUUCUUCAACUUUAUUUCCAAAACUAUAUAUGUUUUCCUCCAGAAACAAUUCAUUCAAUCAAGGUGACAUUUGAAGAACAUUUGAGCUGGUUUUCAGAAAAAGAAGAAGAAGCAAAAACAUGUCCGGAGAAGGUGAAGCAAGUAGUACAAGAUCAUUGGAAGAAACACCAACAUGGGCUGUUGCCGUUGUUUGUCUUGGUUUGGUUUUGAUUUCAAUAAUCAUCGAACAUAUAAUCCAUAUGAUUGGAAAGUGGUUAACGAAGAAACAUAAACGAGCACUUUAUGAAGCUCUGGAAAAGAUUAAGUCAGAGCUUAUGUUGCUGGGAUUUAUAUCAUUACUCCUAACAGUAGGAGAAGGUUCAAUAACAAGCAUAUGCGUAUCAGAGAAAGUUGGAUCUACUUGGCAUCCAUGCCAUAAUGAUCGACAAGAGAUCGCGGAUGAACCACCUUCGGAAGAAGAUACAUCAGAUAACAAUGAACAUCGCCGGAGACUUCUUAUGAUGUCGGAUUCUGUUCGAGUUUUCCGGCGUUCUUUGGCCGGAAAAUCAGAGGACAAAUGCGCGGACAAGGGAAAAGUACAAUUUAUUUCAUAUGAAGCUCUGGAUCAACUCCAUUAUUUCAUUUUUGUGCUGGCCGUUUUUCAUGUCAUUUACUGUAUUCUUACGCUUUUGUUGGGCAGAGCUAAGAUGAGAAAGUGGAAGAGAUGGGAGGAAACUAGAACAAUUGAAUACCAGUACUCACAUGAUCCAGAGCGGUUCAGAUUUGCAAGGGAAACAUCGUUUGGAAGAAGACAUUUGAGUUUUUGGACCAAAAAUCCCAUUCUACUGUGGAUUGUUUGUUUCUUUAGACAAUUUAUUAGGUCAGUCCCUAAAGUUGAUUACUUGACCCUCCGACAUGGAUUUAUCAUGGCACACUUGGCACCCCAAAGCCAAAACCAUUUUAAUUUUCAAAAAUACAUAAAUAGAUCACUGGAAGAAGAUUUCAGUGUUGUUGUUGGCAUCAGCCCUCCAAUAUGGUUUUUAGCUGUACUCUUCCUACUCUUCAACACUCAUGGAUGGUAUUCGUAUCUGUGGCUUCCAUUUCUCCCUUUGAUCGUGGUCCUGUUAGUGGGGACAAAGCUGCAAGUGAUCAUAACAAAAAUGGGGCUAAGAAUUCAAGAGAGAGGAGAGGUGGUGAAAGGAGUGCCAGUGGUUGAACUGGGCGACCAUCUUUUCUGGUUCAACCGCCCCAGCCUCAUCCUCUUUCUCAUCAACUUCGUUCUUUUUCAGAAUGCUUUUCAACUUGCAUUCUUUGUAUAUACUUGGUAUGAAUUUGGGAUACACUCUUGCUUUCAUGAGCACGUGGAAGAUUUAGUCAUCUCAAUUUCAAUGGGGGUCAUCGUUCAAAUUCUUUGCAGCUAUGUCACUCUUCCUCUUUAUGCCCUUGUUACACAGAUGGGUUCAAACAUGAAACCUACCAUAUUUAAUGAAAGAGUAGCGACGGCUCUUAGGAAUUGGCACCACACGGCUAGAAAACACGUUAGAAACAAAGGUUCGACCACGGUGACCCCAUUCUCUAGCAUACCCAACACCCCAUCGCACCACACCUCCCCAAUUCACCUCUUGAAGCACUACCGGGGAGAAAUGGACAGCGUCCAUACAUCUCCAAAUAGGUCGAGUUUCGAUAUCGAGUCUUCAGAAACGGAUUCUCCAUACACUUCCCACCACCCUUAUUAUGAUGAUGGUUCAACAUCUCACAACCCUAACAUGGCGGAGCCAGUACAAGGAGGCACUGAUAAAGAUAUAAACGAGGCGAGUUCAAGUGAAGAACGUGAACCCGAACACCAUGCCAUCAACAUCUUGCCCAAAGAAUUCUCUUUUGAUAGAAGAACCAAUAUAUGACGAUAUCUGCAUUUUGAAUCUUCAUGUAUAGCAUUUAAUUUUAUUUUAAUUUUUUCAGGACUUUUUAACAAAAUCUUCUUUUGUAUAAUUUGUUUUCUUGUGUAUGAAGAGGCUUAGAGAUUUAAAAAAUUUUAAAUUUAUUAUGUUUAAUAAUAACAUUAUUAUUAAAUUUAUUUGAAUAAUAACUUGAAAUAUGGAUUAUGCUUAAA